UCAUCUGCCGCUCAGAUGACUCACUUUACACCAAAGGGACUGAGACUGAAGGAACAGGUAACAUCUGCGUGGUCCUGCGCUGCACAGCUGGCUCUACAUCAGGAAUGGAGAACAAUAACUCGGCCAAGAUGAUGAACAACACUGACUCUGAAAGCUUCUUCAUCGCGCAGGUCCUUCCUCCUCUCUACAUCAUCAUCUUCAUUGUGGGAAUAUGUCUGAAUGCGGUGGCUGCCUGGAUCUUCUUCAGAGUCCCGGCCGACUCGGGACUGGUUGUCUACUUGAAGAAUAUGGUGGUGGCUGACCUCCUCAUGCUGUUCUCCAUCCCCUUCAGAGUGGCCAAUUACUUUGGUUUUAAUAGUUGGUAUCUAGAGAUGAUCAAGUGUCGCUACACUGCUGUGCUGUUCUACUUUUCCAUGUAUGUGGGAAUCUUCUUCAUUGGCCUCAUUAGCCUUGAGCGCUACGUCAAGGUUGUUUACCUUGCUCCUUCUUCCUCCACCAUCACCUCCUCCUGGUCCAGAUGUAAUCCAGUGUCUAUACUACACCUUAUACAGAGUGCCACCUUUGCCCGGGUUCUGGCAGUCCUCACAUGGAGUCUCUUCUUCAUUUGUUGUUCCCCCAAUUGCAUACUGACAAGCAAUCUGUCCAGAAACAUCACGAAAUGCAUGGACAUGAAAACACCUCUGGGGAAGCAGUGGCACAAUGCGUCUAGCAUAGCCAGCGUGUCUGUGUUCUGGGUGACACUCAUUAUAGUGACCUUUUCAUACAUGUCUAUCGCUCACCAGGUGUGUAAGACGUACCGCCGAAUGCGACGCGACACAAGUGACAUUUGCCGCAAGUCCAACCGCAGCAUCUUUAGCAUCCUGGCGGUGUUUUUCAUCUGCUUUGUGCCGUACCACAUCUGCCGGGUGCCGUUCACUCUGAGCCAGGAUUCCGAUAACAACUUCUCUGACAACACCAAGUUUUGGCUUCUGCAGAUAAAGGAGGGAACGCUGUUCUUGUCCGCAAUGAAUGUCUGCCUCGACCCUGUGAUCUACUUCCUGAUGUGUGGAACGUUCAGAGACUCCCUUAUAAGGAAACUGUCAGGGAGACAGAGGAGUAGGUCACUGACCACCGCUCAGAGCCUUAGCAACAUCUAGGAGACGAGGACAAGGAGUAAGGAGACAGGAGGAGACUAAGGACAAAGAAAUGUGAAGCCAGGAGAAAAUGGGCAAAAGAGAGGCUGAGGUAAUUAGAGGAAAUCCAUAAAAAACCAACAAUGCUGGAAUUCAUGGUGAACAAAGUCAUUCAACGAGGGCUGGUAUCUUACAUGUUUUAGCUCAAUCACUGCCUAUCUACAGAUGGCCCAUUACCAGACUCCUUGUUGUCAUUGCGGCUUCAAUCGUGUUGGAGCAAGAAGACAUCUAAAACAUGCAUAACACCAGCACUUGGCAAUCGAAGUUUCCAAACCCUUAUAGAGGAUGUGAGGAAACAGGAGACGCGAAGUGAUGAAAGAGGACAGACAAGACAUCAUGGUAAACAUAAACUAUAAGGCCAUCAACAAGAACCCAAACACAUCAACAACAACCUUGACUCCUUGAAUUCCUGCCUCUGGAUCAUGAGAUGACUGUUAUUGUGAGCCGUUGCCAUGGAUACACAUAAUCAUCACCCUAAUCAGUGUUGUUCAAGUUGAGAUAAACAGACUUUUUGUUUACUUCACUGCUCCACUGAAAACCUGUGUGCAAAUAUAGUUCACUUUUUCUCUGUUUGUGAGUAAGUAAAGCUGAGUUGUUGUCCGCUCAUCGUGCUGUUUCCAGGUUGGACCCCAUGGUGCCUUAGUAAUUGCCCUAAUUCUUCAUGUUGUGGUUUUAAACAAAGUGUCAGAAGAGUUGUUGUUUCUUAUCAGCAUAAAGAUCUACAGAUCCUGCUCUACCACAUUCAACAGUCGACCUGCUUAACUGAGAUCUGGUGACCGUGAACCUGUUGAGUUGCUUCAGAAAACCAUUAAAGUUUGUCUGAACCUUUGGACAUCUACUGGAAUUAGCCUUAAGAUAACUUGUCCUCUGUGGUCUCUGUCAAGAAAAAAAGAAAGAGGAAAUGUUGGACAGUGAAGUAAAACUGGAUUAUGAUGACUGAGCAGAAACGCUGCGAUAGCUGCAAAGUCAUAAUGGUUCAUCUUAGUCAGUGUAAGGCAGAAUAGAAACUGAAGCUUCUCCUACAAAGAACAGCAAAUAUGCCUUUAAAUGCACCCUGUGACUUAGUUUCAAUAAAGCAUUUAGUCUUUGUAAUCUGGUGCCGCACUAGUUGGCACUCAAAAUGACAACAUAGGAGGUCCAAUCUUUCACAGGAGCUGCAGGACAGUUUCUACACAUCCACCAUUCAGUCUGUUUUGUGCACAUCUUUCUCUGUGUGGUUUGGCUCUAUAACUCAGGGCAGACCUCCCCUCCAUCAGAGACCACUCAUCUCUGCAGACCCCUUGCAUCCUGAUCAGAGGCAGCUACAGACUGCUUCUUAUAAAACCAGCCAAACCGAGACCGUCUCUUUUCUCCAGGAUAACUCUCCGUUAAACAAAAUGAACACCUGAAAGCCUGAGUAUUCCUCUACUCUGCUAGAACAAUGAAGGCUUUUUGCACUAUUACAAUCUGCCUGUCCUUUACUAUUUAUAUACAAAAAGCACACUUGUAAAUACAUACUUUUGUUGUUUUUUAUCUUGUCUUAUUACAUUUCUUUCUGCAAACUCAGGUUGUAGUUUGUAUUGAUAAUUGUGAUGUAAGUGAUGGAAAAUGAAGGUCAUAUUCCUGAUUUGCACACCAACUUGCCAUUAAA